AUGGUGUCGAAUGUGUUUGGUGGAUCUACAAAAAUAUGUAAAGUGAUAGCGGGAGUCGUUAUAAUUGGUCACAUUUGUGUUCACAUUUUUCCUUCUUCACUUAUUUAUGUUGCUCUCAUUCCUGCUAGAACAAUUCCUUUUGGUUGGAACCUUGUAACAGCUAGUUAUAUUGAGCAAACCAUACAUGGGGUUGUUAUUAGCACAAUUGGUUUCCUUUUCAUUGGAAAGCUGCUUGAACCCAUCUGGGGUUCUCGUGAGUUCCUGAAGUUUAUAUUUGUCGUCAAUCUUUUGACUAAUAUUUGCGUAUUCAUCACUGCCAUCUCUGUGUAUUACAUAACAAUGGAGGAAAUUUAUCUUUACAUGCCUCUUUCGGGUUCUGGUGGGGCUCUUUCUGGACUUUUAGUUGGUGUCAAGCAGAUAAUGCCUGACCAAGAAAUGUCCCCUCUUAAAAUUAAAGCAAAGUGGCUGCCAUCUAUCGUGUUAUUCUUAUCGAUUGGUAUGAGUUUAUUUUCAGUAGAGCCAGCAACAUGCCUUCCAAUUUUGUUAUUUGGCACAUACAUUGGUUGGAUCUACCUCAGAUACUUUCAAAGGAAACAAGAAACAAAAGUUCAGGGUGAUCCCAGUGAUGAGUUUGCGUUUUCUACUUUCUUCCCUGAAAGCAUACGGCCUCUGGUUGAUCCUAUAUCUUCAAUUUUUCAUCAAAUGCUCUUUGGAAGACCUGAAGUGUCCAUUGAGACCAGGGGCUAUACAGUAGGUACUGCUGUAUUGCCUGGUUCUGACUCCAUCGAGGCAUCAAGGAGAAGGGAAAGGGGAGCACGGGCCUUGGAAGAAAGAUUGGCAGCAGAGAGAUUGACAUCUAUAGGAAGGACUGCUGAACCCAACAGAAUAGCAACUGAAAAGGUUUAAUGUAGCUCGAAAUCAACUUCUUUUCAUCAUAGAGAUUAUAAAACCAUUGAUGUAAAGCUUCACAAGAUGCAAGUAUAUUCUGUCUUCACAUCCUCUAUUAUUUGUACUUCCUAUGCAUUUCGAUUCAAAUAGUGAACUUUCU